AUGAAGAUCGAGAAAUUGAGAGAAGAGAUCACUUCUUUCCAACAAAAGUAUGAUGAGUCCUUUGCAGAAGCUUGGAAGAGAUUCACAGACUUGAUAAGGAAAUGCCCGAGCCAUGGUCUAGCUCCGGGGCAUGACCUUUUGAAAUUCUACAAGGGACUCAACAAUGAAGGCACGGGACUAGUUACUGCAGGCUCUAAUGGAAACCUGGAUGACUUAACGCAUGAGGAGGUGAGAGCCUUAUUCCAAAGGUUGGCUAACAAUCAACGGAACUGGCACAACCCAAGGAGAGCAGCGGAGAAAGGAGGAGACACAUUCGGUGCUACAAAGGAUGCAGAGAGAGUAUCUGCAAUUGAAGCUCAAUUGGCAGAUAUAAGCACCCAGAUGUCGUCGAUGACAAAGGCAGUGAAAUCGCUGCAACUGACUCCUCAACCCCAAGCAGUGGCAGUGAUGAGAUGUGGAUUGUGUCAAGGAGGGCAUCAUACUGAUCAAUGUUCUAGUCUUCAAGGACCACCAAUCGAGGAUGUGAACUACAUUGGCAACAAUGGCCAAGGGUUUAACCAAGGCAACCAAUACAGCAAUCAGCAGAAUUGGAGGCCUCAGCAAUCGAACUGGAAUCAAAGUGGUCCUAGCAACAACUCGGGGAACCAAUGGAGGACAAACACUCAACCCCCGGGUUAUGAGAAGAAGCCAUCGGUAGAAGAUCAAUUGGGACAGAUACUUUCCUUCAUGACCAAGAGUCAAAAGGAGAAUGAGAGCUUCAAAGAAAGGACGGUAGAGAAGUUUGGUCAGAUGGAGGCUACAUUGAGGAAUCUCGAGACUCAAUGCAAGGCAGUUAAGUUAAGAAGUGGAAAGGAUCUUGAGUCUCCAAUCAUGCUAGAUGCACAAAAUGGCUCGAACAUCUUGCACGCAGGGGCGGACAAGUUGUUUGGCUCACAAACCUCGCACGCAGGGGCGGACGAGGGGAUUGAGUGGGCUACUACCGAAGCUAGGGAAUGUCAACAAGAAAAAGAAGAGUCAACCAUGAGUGAUAUCCACAAGAAGAAUCCACUAAGUCCGGCAAUGGACCCGAAGUGUCCAUUUAAUUUUCCAGAUUUUAUCCCGCCACCACCUUUCCCAGUCGAGAAUAAGAAGAAGGGUAGGAAAAUAAUUCAAGAGAAAGGACUCGAUUGGAUGAUGAACAUUAUCAGGAAAGUUAAUGUAGAUGUGUCCCUGGUGGAUUUGUUCCUACACUUUCCUAAAUUCUCCAAGUUUUUUAAGGAUCUUAUUGCGAAAAAGGAGAAGAUACAAGACGAUGGUGUGGUGAUAUUGAGCGCAUUUUGCUCACAAUUUGUGAAGGGAAAGAUGCCGGCAAAGAGAAGAGACCCUGGAAGCUGUGUGAUCCCAUGUGAGAUGGGAGAUAAGGAGUUCCCAAAGUGCCUACUUGAUCAAGGCUCGGGAAUAUCAUUGAUGGCUCUGAAAACCGCACGGUCAAUCGGUCUAGAAGCGAGGAUUGAACCAAUCGACAUUGACCUACAAUUGGCGGAUCAUUCAAUUGUGAAACCAAAAGGUAUCAUCGAGGAUGUCUUGGUGAAGGUUGAUAGAUUUGUACUCCCGGUUGACUUCAUUGUCCUAGAGAUGGAAGAGGACAAGGAUAUGUCUAUCCUAUUUGGUAGGCCAUUUUUAGCAACCGGUGAUGUUGUGAUAGAGACCAAGACAAAUACGGUCAUGUUUCGAGUAGAUGGAGAGAAUGUGGUGGUCAAGCAAGAGAAGGCGGGGAAGCGCCUAUUGGAGCCUGGAUAG